AUGGAUUUUUCGGGCAAAGAAAAUGAUGUGGAAGAGUCUUUAUCACCUGGAGUGUUUGAUAUACCUGGAGAGCCGGCUGUUGUUAUUAAUGGAUUGCCUCCUAUUUCUUCAAAUGAUGACACCUUUUUACCUUGCCCAGUAGUUAUUGAUGCAGAAUCACAUAAGAAUAUUGAUUUUGGUCAAUUGUUUGAAGGAAGAGAAGUUCGCAAGUUAUUUGAAGACAAGUAUUACAAUGGAAAAGUUACUAAAUUUGACGAGGAAACUGGUUGGUUCAGGGUGAAGUAUGAAGAUGGUGAUGACGAAGAUCUUGAGUGGCAUGAAUUGGAAGAAGUUCUUCAGCCAUUGGACAUUAAUAUUCCAUUGGAAGAAGUAGUUAGAAAGAUCAUUAAGAAAAAACCAAGUUCUAUUGAGAAAUUUGGGGGUAGAACUUGA